AUGUCCGCCUACCAGAUCCGCAAGGUCGGCCAGCCUUACACCCUGGAGCACCGUGUCUACAUUGAGCAGGAUGGCAAGCCUAUCUCGCCCUUCCACGAUAUCCCCCUCUACGCCAACGAGGAGAAGACCAUCCUGAACAUGGUCGUUGAGAUUCCCCGUUGGACCAACGCCAAGCAGGAGAUCUCCAAGGAGGAGUACCUGAACCCCAUUAAGCAGGACGUCAAGAAGGGCAAGCUGCGCUUUGUCCGCAACUGCUUCCCCCACAAGGGUUACCUCUGGAACUACGGUGCCUUCCCCCGCACCUGGGAGGACCCCAACGUCGUUCACCCCGAGACCAAGGCCAAGGGUGACAACGACCCGCUCGACGUCUGCGAGAUCGGUGAGCUUGUCGGCUACCCCGGUCAGGUCAAGCAGGUCCGCGUCCUCGGUGUCAUGGCCCUGCUGGACGAGGAGGAGACCGACUGGAAGAUCAUCGUCGUCGACGUCAACGACCCCCUGGCCGCUAAGCUGCACGACGUUGAGGACAUCGAGCGUCACCUUCCCGGUCUGCUGCGCGCCACCAACGAGUGGUUCCGCAUCUACAAAAUCCCCGACGGAAAGCCCGAGAACCAGUUUGCCUUCUCCGGCGAGUGCAAGAACAAGAAGUACGCCGAGGACGUCAUCCACGAGUGCUCCGACGCCUGGGAGAAGCUCAUGAGCGGUGCCUCGCCCAAGGGUGAUAUCAACAUUGCCAGCGCUGCCAACGGCACCGCCGACCCCGCCGAGGUGGCCAAGAUUCCCGCCGGCCAGGACUUGCCCCCGGCUCCCGUCGACGGCACCGUCGACAAGUGGUUCUUCAUCUCCGGUGCUGCCGUCUAA